AUGUCUAAUUUAAUUGAGAAGAAAGGGUCUACCAUCACAGAAGUUAGGACCUUCAUAGAUGUAGGUACAACAAAGGAUUUCCAUCCAGUAGGUUUUUCAAGCAUUCGUUCUGUUAGGUCCCAUACAGGAGCAGGUGAAGUCAAUUAUAUCAAUGCUGGUACCGGUGCUACAGAUAAUCAAUUACUAGCCGAAAUCGGUUAUAAGCAAGAACUAAAAAGACAGUUUUCUACUAUUCAAGUGUUCGGGAUUGCCUUUGCUAUCAUGGGGUUGCUACCUUCUAUUGCAUCUGUUAUGGGUACUGGACUUACUGAUUAUGGUUUUGCAGAAGAAGUGCUUGCAGCAGUGGUCAUAUCAAGGGAUGGUGAUUUUGAAGUUACAAGUGGUAAAUUGUAUGGCGAGCUUGUAGCGGUUGUUGUGUGUAUGGCAGUAUGGACAAUUGGUUCUUUUGACUCUUGUGUACAUCAAUCUGAAGAAGUCAAAGAUGCUAAGAAGUCUGUUCCUAUUGGGAUUCUUGUAUCAAUCUCUGUGUGCUGGAUAUUAGGUUGGUUAAUGUUAAUCUGUAUAUGUGCAUGUAUGUCUAAUGAUAUAGAGCAUGUGGUAAAUAAUUUAUAUGGAUUUGCUAUGGCUCAAGUUAUUUAUGAUUCUCUAGGGAGAAAUUGGGCUAUAGCAUUUAUGUCAUUAAUGGCUUUUUGUCAAUUUUUGAUGGGUUCCUCUAUUUUGACUGCUGUCUCGAGACAGGUUUGGGCUUUUGCACGUGAUGAUGGUUUUCCAAUGUCUCAUUAUAUUAAGAAGGUGGAUAAGAAAUAUUCUGUUCCUUUUAUUGCUAUCUUUACUGUUUGUUGUGGUUCAUUGGUAUUAGGUUUAUUAUGUUUAAUUGACAACGCUGCAACCAGUGCAUUAUUUAGCCUUUCUGUAGCAGGUAACAAUUUGGCAUGGAGUAUGCCGACAUUUAUGAGACUGACUUGGGGUCGUGAUUUGUUUAGGCCAGGCCCAUUCUAUUUAGGAAAAUUUUUGUCUCCUAUAGCAGUUUGGAUUUCUAUUUUUUUGAGACGUUUGUUAUUAUACUAG